AUGGGGUUGGAUAAGGUGAUAGUGAUGGUGAUGGUGAUGAUUAUGGUGGCGGCGAUGGUGAUGAUGUUGGUGAUGGUGAUGUUGAUGGUGAUGGUGAUGGUGCUGGACAAGGUGAUAGUCAUGGUGAUGGUGAAAGUUAUGGUGGUAGUGAUGGCGAAUUUGAUAAUGAUGGUGCUGGAUAAGGUGAUAGUUAUGGUGAUGAUGAUGAUGAUGGUGUUGGAUAUGAAGAUAGUGAUGGCGAGGGUUAUGUUGAUGGUGAUCGUGAUGGUGUUGGAUAGGGUGAUUGAGAUGGUGAUGUUCUUUGAUAAGGUGAUAGUGAUCACGAUGGUUUUGUUGAUAGUGUGA